AUGGUACACAGGGCCAUCGUCGGCGCGUCCGCACCACCACCGCCUCCAUUCUCGUUGCCGGCGCCGCACCCUCCUCCACAUUCAUUCCAGCAGCACGCAGAUCACCAUCCACAUCAUCAUCUUCAUCACCAUCAACGGCCACCAUCGCUUUCCCAUGUCCAUCAGCGCCGACAUCCUUGGGACGAAGCUGCUCGCAGCGCUGAUUCUGCGGCGGGAGUUGCAGACAACGGCGGAAGCGUCGGCAACUUUCCCCUUCUGCACCACCUCAACCAACUGCCACCGCCCAUCCAUUCGCUGUCCCCCAAUAGCGGAAGCUCCGCCUCGUGGGGUCCGACAGCUGCUUCCCUCCGCUCUGCGCACGGAUCGUUCCAUGAAUCUGAAAGCUCGACGACAUACCCUCGCAACUCUCACGACCUCCCGCAGCAACUGCUCGGUAGCGACGGACGUCUCGCCGCUGCUACUCCAGCACCAUCGCCGCUGCCGUCGCUGACAUACUCACCAGCGCAUAAACUUCGCCGUUCUUCACCUGCUGUGGGACCUACGCUUGAGAACGUGUUAUCUCCCCCACGAGGUUACCAGCCUUCGUCGUCAAAAGAAGCGGCGAUCAUGCAUCCCCCGGCUCGCGGCCCGCAUCAAGGUGGCUUUUCCCAGCACCAGCAUCAGCAUGCCCCUCACACGGUCAUGCUUCCAUCCGCAUACAGUCAUUCCAUGCUGCCUGCUGGCGCCGGGCUGCCGCAUGUCGUGCACGAGCAACACCAUCUCGGCAGCUACGCGCACGGUCAAGGACACCAGCACACACACGUACCUGUUGUCUCUGUUGCUGCGGCGCACGAAGCGAUCCUUCGAGGCUCGUGGGACGCGUCGCAAGGUCAACACCUGCAUCAACGCGCGCAUUCGUACGACUCCGCGCAGCAGUCUUAUGGUGAUCCGACGUCGAUGCAAAUGCCGCAGCAUGCGAGCAUACCGCCGCCGCAUCCAGUUUCUUCCUCGCAUCAGUCGCUUCGGAGCGCAGAACAAGCACACCGGUCGGGCAACGGAGUCUUUGCUACCAGUUCUGCAGCACACACCGCCCCCAGCAGCAUGCCGAACGGCAGCACCAGCCUCGACAAGAAGAAUGCUGGGGCUGCUGCAACGGUGACGGCGAGGGUGCGGAGCACGGCGCCGGGUAGACUGUCGCUGGAGGAGGUGCGUCCGUACCGUUCGCGCAAGAAUCGACCGUGCGACUUUUGCCGUUCGCGCAAGAGCCGCUGCGUCGUGUACAACCCGGAAGCGCCAUGCUACCUCUGCGGGCUCAACGGCCGCGCAUGCACCUUUGUCAGCGGGACCACCAAGCGCAGACGCGCGCCCAAGAAGCAAGUACCCUCUGCUGGCGACAUUGGUCUGCGCAAUACGAAGCGGGCCUGCAAGGUGAAGGGCAAGGCAAAGGGCAAGAACAAGGCCGCAGCUGGGGCCGGUAACUGGAAUGCCUCUGCAGCUACCGGUGCUGAAUCAGCGGAAGACGAUGGUAACGAUGAGGAGGAAGGGGAAGAGGAGGAGGAGGAGGAAGAAGACGACGACGAAGGGGAACAGCAGGAAGAGGAGGAUGAGGAGGAUGAGGAGAAUCCGAGACCGCCGAAACGCACUACGUCGGGCUUUGGUAUCCCCACCAAAGGUAAGGCAUCAGACAAGCCAUCGAGGUGGCACAUUGCGGCGCGACAACGAAGCGUCAGUGCAUCCAUUACCACCGCCUCGCUUUCGUCCGGCAGCGGGCGCGGCUCCGCGCAUGACCGGUUCCACGGCCUGAUCAACGAGAUCAUCGCCGGCGAGGAGUACGCGGACGAAGUCGAGGAUGGUCCGGGCGACAACUUGGACGAUGCGGCGCACUCGGACAGCGCGGCGCACCACAUGGAAGGCACCAAGAGCGGCCCGACGCCUUUCGUCAUGGGUUCCUCCUCGUCGCAGGAUCCGAUCCUGCAACAGGCUGUGCAUUCGUUCCGCCAGAGCACGGCCGGCCAGCAAGACGGCUUGGGUGCAGCAAGAGGCGGUAACGAUCCCGCCGUGGUGGGCUCGCUAGGUAAUGAUGUUGCAGGCUCGUCUUCCAAACGAGAUUCCACCUCGGGCGGCGCCGAGGCCAAUUCAGCGGCUGCUCCCGCCGCCGCAGCGGUGGGAGCACGCACCCUGCCACACGCAACGAAAGGCGAGAAGAGCUCGUCAUUCGAGACCAAGAAGCUGGCGAGCCUGAGCAUCGAUCCGCUCUUCCCGUCCAACUCGAAGCCGCCGCUGCUGCCACUCGAGGUGCGGCGCGUGACGCAGGACUCGUCCUCGCGCGCCGUCUUCUUCGCUUUUGUCGAGAACCCGUACAGCCGCGGCGACCAGGGCAACAGCAAGGCUAUCGGCCAGGAUGGCUACGAUAAGUUCAAGGCGGCCAUCAAGGGGCGUAGAAAGCAUCUCAUGGAGCUGUACGCGACACGCGAUGCAGCUGCUUUCCCCAUCCUCUCGCAUACUCAGCGCAGGGACUAUCGCUGCGCCAUCCAGGAUGUAAAUGCUCGCGCGAAUAGCACCGCCGAUGCUGCUAACGACUUCGGCGCAGGCGCUGGCUCCGGGCCCUGCUCCAGUUCUCUGAUGACAGCGGAUGAGGAGCCGGAGCCUCCGCUUCCAACGCUCCUUGCGCACGCCAGCCUUGCAACGGCCUCGGUGUACGAGCCGUCGAUCCGCAGCAUUGGCAAGGAGGCGUGGGCGGACGACCUGCACUCGCUCAAAGAGCAGUUCGAACAUGCCAGUUUGCUGACGCUACAGAUUGCCCUGACGGAUCUAUGUGGACGACCAAGUCUUAACAUGGGCGGCAAUUACAAAGUCUUGUGUCAGGCUUAUGCUCUGGCGCACAUGCUCGGCCUGCACAUUGACUGCUCGACCUGGAAGUUCAGCAAGCAUGAGCGAGAUUUGCGCAUUCGCGUCUGGUGGGCUCUCUACAUCCACGACAAGAUGUCCUCGCUCUGCUGGGGCAAGCCGAGCAUGAUCCACGCGAAUGACUUUUCUACGCCGCUGCCACACCGCCGCGGCUCGCCGUGCGCGCAGCACAUCGAAGACGCCGAGCUGCAAGCGUUUGGGUUCAACCUGAACUAUGAGAUCCGCGUUGGCCAGCACACACCCGGAGAUACGUUUGUCAGCCUCACAAAGCUGACCAUCAUCCUCGACGAGAUCCUCAGCGAAUUCCACAGUGCGAGAGGUUACAUGCAGGAGCGCGACGCGUUCACCGUCGCAAAAAAGGUUAAGACGUACAUGGUCGAGAUCGAGGAUUGGAAGGCCGCUCUCCCCGGCACGCUUCGUGCGGUAUUCGAACACGUGCCAACUUCAGACCCUGAUAGCGCCAACGAGGAGCUGAGGGCAGCUUGGAAAGUGCCAGGGACCAAAUCACUGGUACUCUCAUACUUUGGGCUGCUCAUCUUACUCUGUCGAACCUCCCUGGACAGUGUGACUGGCGUCGAUUCCUUUGAUCCCUGCCGGGUCAUGCCAGUGCAUCGCGCUGCGUUGCAAGCGGCGACGAUGCUGACCGAGUUUAUGGAGAGCUUGGAUGCGGACGAUUUCCUCGGCUUCUGGGUGCAUUACGGAUCUCACCAUCUUUCAAGCUGCGUCUCGUUACUCGCACGCCUUGCCCUCGGCUUCUCCGGCAUGGAAGAACCUGAGCUUCUGCGGCUCUCUACUCAAGUAUUCUUCCGCCUGAUGAGCGUCUUCGCCGAAGCCCUGCGGCUUUACUCUUGGGAUCUUGCCAAUCUGGGCCUCUCACGUUGUCGCGUUAUCCUACCAGCAUUGCAAUCUCGAAUUCCAGAACUGGCAGACAUACCUGCGCACCUGAGAGAGACACUACAGACACCUGCACGUCCUGAAUCCAACUCGUCGUUCGGUCCGCUCGACUCCUCCACAACGGAUGAUAUACUCACUGGGUACACCUUAUCUUCCUUGACGCCCUUGGGCGAAAAGACGAGCACGUUCAACGAUGGUGUGUCCAUGGAAGCGCCUGUUGCGCCGCCGCUUCCCGUCACGGAGGGUACACAAAAUCCCAGCUUCCAGCAGAUCGACUGGCGCGCCAUGGGUCUCACGGAGAACACUCACGGAUGGUUCCCGAUCGGCAACUUCGACGGUCUGGGCGACAUUGGCGUCUUGUAUAACGAUAAUUGUAACACCGGAUUUUGA